GGAAGGGUUCCGCUUUAGACUGGAAAACAUUGUUCGUGGUCAAGUAAGCAGCCAACCCGACACCUCGUUGAAUGGUGACAAUAAUGAAUCUAUAAGAGAUCAAAGGAACACAAAUGUUUCAGACAGACUGCAACAUGGGCAUCAACAUAUCAAUGUUCAAUUGCUGAAUCGCAUGGAGAAUAUUGAUAGAUCUGCUCAAAGUACAGAUCAAAAUGUUGCUUCUGAUGCAGGAAACCAGUGGCGGGAACAGGGUUCUGAAAACGAGAGAGUAACCCAACAACAAUCAGCACAAAGCGACCUUAAUCGAUGGAGACAUGAUACUUCAGGCGGUGUAGCACAAAAUAGGCCAGAAAAUGCAAUGUCCGACUGGCCCUCGGCAGUGGUAGCUGAAGAUGGACGUCAACAUCAUAUAGAAGAAGCCCAUGGGGUUUGGAAUAUUGAUGCCUCAACUGAAGCUGUCAAUACUUGGUCGGAAGGACCUUCAGACCCUCCAAGAACUAGGCGGUCUUUUCCUCUCAGGAGAGUCGCCAGGUUUCACCUGCCUGAAGAUGAUAAUGUAUACAGCAUGGAACUCAGGGAGUUAUUGAGCAGUCGUAUAGCUAAAAUUGGUCUUUACCAAAUUUUUUCCUCAAGAGACAAAGUAAGUUACUCGGUAAUUAAAUGCAUAAUUGGUGAUACUGAGCAGGAGUGGGAGACGAUGAAUGAUCUAAGGGCUGAUGUUGUAAAGCUUCAGCAAGGUAUGAGUCACAUGCAGAGGAUGUUAGAGGCUUGCAUGGACAUGCAGCUUGAACUCCAGCGCUCUGUUAGACAGGAAGUUUCAGCUGCUCUUAAUAGAUCAUCUGAUGGAGAAG